CCACAGCUGCUUCAGGACCCGAGCGUUUCCCUGAAAUUAUGUCUGAAUAAUGGAACAGGGACGGACUUUCUCACAGGUCCUGAGGGAAAAAUGCUUUUUCUGAUGGCCACUGUUAAAAAAAAAACUGCAACCGCAGUUUGUGUAACUGAAUUGUAUAUAAAAAUCCUUACAUUUAUACGCUUUUGCGUAAGACUUUGAGAGCUGUUGUUCUUCUCUUGAACUUUGACCUUUACUGCCAUAAAUCCUGCAUUGUGUCCUGGGGAGUCAGAGCUAGUGUAGGAGGGAUGGAGGGAGAGAAGGAGGGGUGAUGGACAAACAGAGGGAUUUUGUUCUUAGGGUCUAGCAUGGACAGUUUGAGACACUGAGAGAGACGAAGAGAAGGAGACAGCAUGUUCCCCUCGUCUGUUCGCUCGGUGGUGAGGAGCAGAGCACUGAGGGCCUCGGUGCCUGGAGAUGGAGUGAUGAAGGGAGAGGUGGAUGGAGGGACAGAGCAGGGAGACGGAAGGAGAGAGGGAUGCAGUGGACGAGUGAGGAGUUUUGACGAGAUUCCACACACAGGCCGUAAUGGCUGGAUGAACCUUCUGCACUUCUGGAGGAACGGAACCUUCAGCCACCUUCACAAACACAUGGAGCAAAACUUCAACACAAUCGGCCCCAUUUACAGGCAGUACUUGGGCUCUCAGUGCACUGUGAACAUCUUGUUCCCGGUUGAUAUCGCUGAACUCUUCCACUCUGAGGGACAGAAUCCUUGCCGUAUGACAUUGCAGCCGUGGCACACACACCGUGAAACACGCAAACACAGCAAAGGGGUCUUCCUCAAAAACGGACCUGAGUGGCGCUGUGACCGGAUGCUGUUGAACCGUGAGGUGAUGUUGAACUCAGCUGUACGCCGUUUCCUGCCGCUGUUGGACGAGGUGGCGCGGGAUUUCUCUCGUGUCCUGCGGCUUAAAAUGCAAACUGAGGGACAGGUGGAGAAUGACACACAAACACUGACCUUUGACCCCAGCCCUGAGCUUUUCCGCUUUACUCUGGAAGCGAGUUGUCUUGUUCUUUAUGGCGAGCGUAUUGGUCUGUUCUCAUCCGAGCCGUCUCAGGAGUCUGAGCGCUUUAUUUUGUCAGUGGAGCGAAUGCUGAACACAACUACUCCCCUCCUCUAUGUGCCCCGCCCACUGCUCCGCUUCUACAAACCCCUGUGGACGCAACACUCAACUGCAUGGGAUCACAUCUUCAGUCAUGCCGAGGAGCGGAUCCAGCGUGUGUAUGAGCGGCUCCAGGCUCGGGGGGGCAGUGUGGGGGGAGCAGCAGAUGGCUCACAGUUCCCCGGAGUGCUACAGCUGCUGAUGGAGAAAGGACAACUUCCUCUGGACCUCAUCAGGGCUAACAUCACUGAACUGAUGGCAGGAGGAGUCGAUACUACUGCGGUUCCUCUGCAGUUUGCGUUGUUUGAGUUGGCGCGUAACCCCAGUGUUCAGGAGUGUGUGCGUGCUCAGGUGCAGUCGUCAUGGUUACAGGCAGAGGGGAAUCCCUAUAAGGCUUUGCAGGGGGCACCGCUGCUCAAGGGCACAGUGAAAGAGACACUCAGGCUGUAUCCGGUGGGCAUCACAGUACAGCGAUAUCCAGUCAGAGACAUUGUACUGCAGAAUUAUCACAUACCAGCAGGGACUCUGGUGCAGGUGUGUCUGUACCCUCUGGGGCGGAGUCAAGACAUAUUUCAGGACCCUCUAACCUUUGACCCUGGUCGUUGGGCUGGGGCUGAGGCUGGAGAGGGCCGGGGUAGAAAUGUAACAGCGGAGACUGGUUCGGGGGCGGGGUUUCGCUCCCUGGCAUUCGGCUUCGGGGCGAGGCAGUGCGUGGGGCGGAGAAUCGCUGAAAACGAGAUGCAGCUCUUCCUCCUGCACAUUCUGAAGAAUUUCCGCUUGAGUGUUUCAUCCAAAGAGGAGCUCAGCACCAAAUACACAAUCAUCCUCCAACCGGAAUCUCCACCCGCAAUCACCUUCUCCCCCCUCUCACACUGAUCACCUGUCAAUUGUUCAAUUAUUCACUCAACCAAUCAGCAGUUCAGCUGACAUGUCAAUCAGUCAGGCCCUUAAAUCAAUUAAUAAACGCUAUAAUUUUCUCUUUCUGA